GAAUUCACGGUUCAUUUGGAUACUAUAACGUUGAAUUUGUUGUGGAUAUAAAUGUAUGUGGUUGACAUCCAUUCCUGGUCCAUUCACCGUUCUCGCUUCUGAUGAAUCAGCAGCUUGCAGCGACCUAUACCACAUAAAAAGUCUUGAAUAGGAACGCCAAUUCAACCAAAGUCUUGUCUCUUCUGUUUGUAUUCCAAUUCGCAAUGGGCGCCACAGGAAAUCUCAAAGCCACCCUUCCAAUUUCUGAGGAACCGGAAAGUCUUCCAACAGAAGAGACCCAAUUAAUUCCUGCAUCAUGUGCGCAAUUUCCAGGAUCCUUUGCUCCAGAUUUACGGAGAGAUAAACGAAGAGUAUCGAAACGUGGUGGAUUGAGUGAUCGUGUUUAUGUUUUCCUAACGGAUGGAUGGGGCGAUAUAACGGUUUGGAAAAGUGCUUUUAUAGAAUUUGUAGGAACAACAUGCCUAUGUUAUCUCUCUGCCUUUAUCAGCAUUUCAAUUCGAAACUCUGACACUACACAAGUUGCGGCAUAUGUUGGCGUUACCAAUAUCUUUCUUUUGACACUAUUCAUAUGUGCGCUCGCUCCAGCUUCUGGUGGUCACAUGAAUCCAAUCAUCACGUUUGCGACGGUCAUCACUGGACUUACCGGAUUUCCAAGAGGAGUCUUGUAUAUGAUAGGACAGACCACCGGCGCAGCACUUGCGGGAGGCUUGAUCAGAGGAAGUUUAGGAGAGCAGAGGACUUUGAUAUACAAUGGAGGAGGAUGUUUCCUUGAAACAACAAACGUCAGCGAAGGACAGGCUUACCUGAUCGAGUCAAUUUUGUCAUGUAUCAUGCUGAUCUUAUCGUUUGGCACUGCUCUUGAUCCCCGACAGGCACAGCUUUUUGGGCCACGCCUAGGUCCAUUCAUGGUUGGUUGUACAUUAGGCCUUGUUUCAUUUUCUAGUAUUAAUCUUGCACCUGGAUACCCGGGAGCGGGAUUGAAUCCAGCGAGAUGUUUUGCGUUUGCAGUUGCAAGAGGUAGCUUUGCUUAUCAAUGGAUUUGGUGGUUCGGUCCGGUCACUGGGGCUAUAAUCCAAAGCUCGGUGUAUCAUUUCGCCCCACCAUAUCAUAGGGAAAGGGUGGAUGGAAAGCCUUCAACAUGAUCUGUAGAGAAUCUGAGGAUGCCUUCUUUUGCACACAGUGGUCGGGUUAUGAGUGGCGAACUACCGUCUAGAACAGGGACUUGUGUAGAAAAUGCAUGACCAGGACGAACACCGGUGCCAACGGGGUAGAUCUUCUGAGGCCCAAACUUAAACCCUCAUCUUUUAAAUCAGGAGAUUGUAGAUUGUAUCGAGGCAGAGAGAAACGGGUGUUCAUAAAGAAUAGCAAUACUUUGAGGAACCCAUUUUUGAUACUUUAUAGAGGGACGAGAAAAGAAGCUGGAUUACAAUGAUAAGAGAGGGGAAGCAAGAUUUAUCAUAUCCCACUAAUACCGAAAUAUACCCGUGCCA